AUAACCAACAAUACUCCAUAGGUACGAUACACAACACGUUUCAAGCCUCCACAUCAGCUUCGGGCUUUGGAUACAUUACACGUAAUUACGACUCUUGCUUGCUGUCUGCUGCGGUAUUGAGAUGUAUUCCAUACUCCGUGCGUCUGGUGAGCGCACAGUUAAACGAAUCGUCUGAAUCGCGAGCCCAUCCAGAUCCAACAAUGCGGCCAUCUCUCCUUCCCAGGCGGAAGCUAGCUUCAUUAACCACUCUUUGCCCGAAGCAGCCAACCAGACAUUUUGUCCCCAUACCCAACAUCCACCGCCGCCAACAUCAGUGUCAGCCAUAUACCCGCCUUCUCACGACAACGACGACGACCACUCCCCUGCGAAGCAUCAACAUGAGCAGCAGCCCACAGCCCCGGUUCUCAGCCGGCUCCGACCCAGCCGCCCUGGAAGCCUCGCUCUCUCCGCUGCUCACAAGCAACGGUGGGCGCUGGACACUGGCCGCCGGCGGCGAGGCGCUUGAGCGCGAGUUCAAGUUCAAGACGUUUGCCAAGACGUGGGACUUUAUGACGGCGGUCUCUUUGCAGUGCAAGCUGAAGAACCACCACCCGGAGUGGUCGAACGUAUUCAACACCACCUUCAUCCGCUGGACGACCCACCAGCCCAGGGGGCUCUCGGCCAAGGACGUCGAGCUGGCAGCGGUGUGCGACGCGCUGGCCGCCGACUUUGGCGAGGUGGUCGAUCAGCCGCAGCAGCCACAGCCACAGCAGCAGGAGAAGAAGCAGCAGCAGAAGCAGCAGGAGGGAGAAAAGGGAGAACAACAGCAGCAUCAGCAAGGAGCGCAGCAGACAGCCGCCCCUUCCUCGUCGUCGUGUGCGAUGGCCGGGCUGGCUGACCGGGCGGCGGGUUCCGCGGGUGAGUGUUGCGUGCCGAGGAAGUGAAUUCUCAAAAGGGGGGCAGACACAUGCGAAAGAUGAAAUGGGUGGGGCUUUUGAGGCAGUUGAUCAGGGCCGGAGGCAAAAGAGUAAUAACCAAGCUAAGGAUGAGGAGGAGGCGCAGGAGUGUAUGCAAA